GAACGCCAAAGCCCUCUUCCUUGUACCCCGCGUCUGAUCAGAGCAAGGAGGCAACUGAGGUUGUGUAAUGACGAGCGAUUCCCUCUCUUCCAUCCUAUUAAACACCAGCCAAAUAUGGAGCUUUGUUCAGAGAUGGGCCGUCUCGCCAUCUUCAUCAUCGGAUCCACGCGCCAAUGUCUUGAAAGAUCUGAAGGAGCUGGAGAGAGCACGGAAGAGGAUCCAGGCAGUGCUGGAUGAUGCAGAGGAGAGGGAAAUACGAGAUGAAGCUGUCAAGCUCUGGCUGAAGGAGCUUAAAGGAGUGGCUUAUGAUGCAGAAGACGUGCUGGACGAGUACCACUAUGAAGAACUACGAGCCGAAGCGGAAGCUCGAGCUUCCCGCAAGAGGAAGCGAGUGGAAGGGGACGAUGAGGAAGAGGUAAGUGGUUCUCCUAUGACCACAGUAGUUUCACUUCCGAAUGCCAUGGGGGAUAGAAUCAGGGCGAUCAGGGAGAGGUUCGAUGAGAUCUUGAAGCAUCGAGAACUCCUUCGUUUAAGAGAGGAAGAUGGAGAAAGACGGGUCUUCAGACCUACAUACCCAGCACCAACCAGCCACAUGGUGAAUGGGUCAAGUAUUUAUGGAAGGGCGCAUGACAAGCAGGAGGUAAUUGAUUUGCUGCUGUCUGAGGGUAUGGAAAAUGGUAUCUCUGUCAUUCCGAUUGUCGGCAAGGGGGGACUGGGCAAGACCACCAUCGCCCAGCUGGUCUACAAUGACUCCAAGGUAAAAGAAUAUUUUGAUCUGACUGGAUGGGUUUGUGUCUCUAAUGAUUUUGAUGUUACCAGGCUAACAAAGGCCAUCAUAGAGUCUCUUACUCAAACAGAAACACCAUGUGUUCUUACACAACUAAGCUCCCUCCAAAAUGCUCUCGAGGAAAAGGUGAAGAAGAAGAGAGUGUUGCUCGUGCUGGAUGACGUCUGGAAUGAGCAACAAAACCUCUGGGAGUCCUUAAGAAUCCCCUUUGUUGGCGCAGAAACAGUGCAAAUUAUCGUGACCUGUAGGAAUGAUUCGGUUGCCCAGAUCAUGCAGACAGUGUGUUCUUAUUAUCCUGACUACCUGUCUGAGGGAGAUUCUUGGUUAUUAUUCAAGCAUCAUGCAUUUGGUGGUCAAAUCUCUGAAGAACAAUUAGGCUUGGUAGAUAUCGGCAAGCGGAUUGUCGAGAAAUGUUCCGGUUUACCAUUGGCUGUGAAGACAAUAGGGAGCCUUUUAAGACACCUGAGAGAUGAGGAUAGUUGGAUGGAGGUCUUGCAAAGUGCUAUAUGGGAACUAGACAAGAACAAUGAGACUUUGGCAUCUCUUAGAUUAAGCUAUAAUCGCAUGCCAGCACAUCUAAAACCCUGUUUUGUUUACACUUCCAUGUUUCCGAAGGAUUACGUGUUUGACAAAGAUGUUUUAGUCAGAUUGUGGAUGGCGCAAGGAUUCAUCACACUUGAAGGUAGAAGAAGAAUGGAAGAGAUUGGCCAUGACUAUUUCAAUGACUUGCAAAGAAGAUCAUUCUUUGAUUCUUUUUAUUUUGGGUUUAAGAUGCAUGAUAUGAUCCAUGAUCUUGCAAAAUCCAUUGCAGGAAAUGAGUGCUGCGCAGUUAUGGAUAAGAAGCUACCUGGUUUCCCUGAUCAGGUUCGCCAUUUAUACAUGCAUGGUGAUGAGGAAUUAGUGAAAUCACUGUGUUCGCAUAAUCUUUGGGCCCUACGAACUUUGAUACUGGAGGAUCGGUGUAUAGAUGCAAAAGUAACCCAAUUUCAACUGCUUCUACCAAGGACAAGAUGUUUACGGACUCUAGAAUUUGAAUGGCAAAGGGAAGAUGGGUUACCAGAUUCAAUCGGGCACCUGAAACACCUACGCUACUUACAUGUUCGAUCCCGGUAUAUUCGGAGGCUCCCUAAAUCUGUAUGCCUCCUUUACCACCUACAGACAUUGAUACUUGACUGUGGGCAUAUUUUUAGUGGAGGUCACCUUGCAGAGUUACCAGACGGCCUAGGUAACUUCACUAACCUACAAUACUUUAAACUGUGGGCAGGUCGUAUUAUAAGGCUCCCUGAAUCAGAAUGUCGCCUUCACCACCUACAGACGUUAGUACUUGAAUGUGGUUCUCUUGCAAAGUUACCAGAUGGCCUAGGUAACCUGACUAAUCUACUAUACUUUAAGCUACGGUCAAAUGUUAUUGAAAGACUGCCGAGAUCAAUUUGUCAGCUCAGCAACCUGCAGAAGUUGAAUAUUCAAUCAUGUAGGAACCUUGUAGAGUUACCCAGUGGCAUAGGAAGCCUUACUAACCUCCGCCUCCUAGAUACUGCUUUUACUGGAAUUCAUUACCUGCCAGUAGGGAUCAAGAAACUCACAAAUCUUCAGAGGUUGUAUGGAAGCUUUAAAGUGAGAAGAGGGAAGGAGUAUGGUGGGAUAGAAGUGCUGAAGGACUUGGUGAACCUCCAAGGAACUCUCCAAAUCUCAGGGCUUAGCAACUUGGUCAACACAGAGGAUGCUAGGGAUGCCUGUCUUGAAUACAAGCAUAAACUUAAGGAAUUGUAUCUAGAUUGGUAUGAUGUAGACCGCAUUUGUGGUGGCCCACAACUUUUACGUCUACAUGCUUGUCCAGAGGAAAAUAUGGAUCUCCCAGCUGAUGAAGAAAGGGAGGAAGUGAUCCUCCAAUAUCUCCAACCUCAUCCCAACCUUGAAAAGUUGCAUAUGGAUGGGUAUGGUGGUUCCAAGUUUCCAAAAUGGGUGGGAAAUCCUUUCUCAUUUGCAGCACUUCAAGAAAUCAAGAUAACUAAUUGUGAAGAAAUUAGUUCCCUUCCUCUGUACAUUCACAGUGAUAUUGGAAAAUUGGAUGCCCUAGAACAACCUCAAUCCAUGCUUAAGAGGGUUUAUAUAGACAACUGCUGGCAGCUCACAUCCAUAGCAGGCCUGCAUAAACUCCACUCGCUUAAAGAUCUGACAAUUUACGAUUGUCCUCAACUUCAGCUCUUAUCAAAGGAAGGACUGCCAUUCAAGCUUGAAAAACUACAUAUUGAGCAUUGCCAGCGCUUGACAUUAGUGUCGGGAAUGCAAAACCUUACUUCUCUCAAAGCAUUAAUUAUACGACAUUGUCCUAAAUUUGAGAUCACAACAGAAGUUCAGCACUCAUCUAUGCCUAACAAAAUUGAAAUUGUUAAUUGCCCUGGAAUGGGUCAUUGGUGCCACAUAUAAAAAUUCA